AUGUUGAGGCUUUUCUGGAAGGAGACAGAGUACAUGAGUUUCAACGCUGGUGCAGCCGGCUACUGGAAGCAAGCAGCAGACAACACAGGAAAGCACAGAGAGAGAGAGAGAGAUCUGGAGCCUGCUCUGCUGAAGCUUUGUCUCAAAGAGGCCCUUCUGGAACUUGUCCUCGUGCUGUGGUUGGGACUGCGCGUCUUGGCCGUGUGUCCCUCCACGUGCUCCUGCACCCACAGCCACAGGGAGGUUGACUGCUCCCGGAGGGGCCUGAAGCAGCUGCCUCAUGGCCUGCAGCACAACAUACGCUCCCUCAACCUGUCUCACAACCAGCUUCACAACCUGGACGGUGAGCUUGCGGCAUACACCCACCUCCGGAAGCUGGAUUUGUCCCACAACAGGCUGAGCCGGCUGCCCGAAGACCUGCCUCGCUCCCUCUGGCAACUCCACGCCACGUUCAACCGCAUCCACCUGCUGGACAAAAACGACACGGCCAUCCAGUGGAACCUACAAACACUGGACCUGUCCAACAACAACCUGCAGAGGGCCAUCUUCAUCAACAACACACUGAUCAACCUGAGGACGCUCAACCUCAGCUAUAACCACUUCUGGACUCUGCCCACCAACCUGCCCGCACACGUGGAGACCAUUGAUCUGUCGCACAACCUGCUUGUGAAGGUGCUGCCCAGUUCUCUAGACCGUCUGACGAGAGUAACUCGUUUCUACCUUCAUGCUAACCGCUUCUCCUCACUGCCGUUUGGAGUUCUGGACAGCAUGGUGUCGCUUGAAGUCAUCACGUUGGGCAGCAACCCUUGGGCCUGUCAUCUUUACGCUGACAUGGAUUACCUGCUCUCCUGGACCCAGCGUACCUCCACACGAGUCCUCGGCUGCCCCUGCCACACCCAGCCUGUCUGCGGAGGGGUACACCCCAACAGGACUGGAGGGUGGCACUACGCCUCCUACAGUGACCCGGAUCUGAGCUCCACGGCCUCAGAAGCCGACGCCACUCCGUGGUGGUACCUGUCGGUUUCUGCUCUGCUCAGCACGCCUCAACCCCCCCACAAGACCUUAAACAAAGGGCAAUCCGCCUCCCCAACCACGCCCAUCAGCAUUUCCACCUUAACCCACCAAACCAUUAAUCACCAGGCUGCAACUGCCGGCCCGGAUAACAUCGAUCACCUCAUCUCUGGCACAAAGGAAACCUCCCCGCCUGACUCCCCCCACACCUCGGACUCGUUCCAUUUCUCGGAGAAAAGCCUUAUUGCUGAAACAUCCGAGGGGGACGGCAUGGGGUUGGCCACAAAUCGAUUCUUUCCAACAGAGAGCUCCUCCGCCCAAACAAAGAGGAUGACCACUCUUCGUACGAGAAGCGUGAGGAGGCAGAACCAGUCACUUCCUGGUGAUGGCAGAAACAGCAGCCCGUCUCUUCCGGUCUACUCUUUACUCCCUUUGCUGCACAACCUGGUGCUUCUGUCUUUUAUCGUCCUCUGA